AUGGGACGUUCCGACCAAAAAAUGUUGUUCGCCUUUCAAAAAAUCGACGAGUUUAUCAAUCACAACAUCAUCACAAAGAAGGUUGAUCAUAAAAAUCUUUACGAUGUUCUCCUAAAAUAUGCAAGUGAAUUGAAAAAGAUUGCAACGGAUGCUCGCAUAAGGAUGGAUUGUGAAAAUGAACAGACGAUUUCAUUGACAGGUUUGAACAGCAAUGUUAUUCAAACGAGCACAAUUCUCAAAGAUUUCAUAUGCAAAUUCACUGAAGAUGAAAAAAGACUUAAACAACUGACAUACCUGUCAGAAAACGUUCAAUGGAGUUACCAAGAUGUACACAAUAAAGUUAUCCAUUAUAAUAAAGAGUUGAGCAGUAUACUCGAGAUUGCUCGAAUGCAUGGUGAACAAACAGUGGAGCUCACAGAAUCAGAAGGACAAGUAUUCAAUGUAGAUUUCUCACAAAUGAAAGCCACCAGCAGAAGGACGGGUAAAACGAAGACAUUGUUGAGAAAGAUAAUUGGAUUUAAUUCUGUUCCAUCGAGUUGGUUACCCCAGCCUUCCGAUCAAGUUGUCAACCUUGUCGGACUGACACGAUCAUCCGCUGAAUACAUCGAGAUUAAAGAUUACUUUGUGGCUCGAGGAGGAAGAUCUGAUCAAAUUUAUGAGAUUCAUAGAAUACAGAACCCUCGUUUGUAUUCUCGGUACCAGGCCUUUAAGAGUUCCAUGUGUGGUGAUGUGAAUGAAAUGCGUCUUUUUCACGGCACUAAUCCAAACAACGUUCGUUCAAUAAAUUCGAAUAACUUCAGCCGAAGCUUUGCAGGAGUAAAUGCUGUAAAAUAUGGAAACGGAGUAUAUUUUGCCAGAGAUGCAUCGUAUUCUCUCAGGUACUCUCUUCAUCAGUGUUCUGGAUCGCAACCAAAGAUGUACAUCGCCAAAGUUCUUGUUGGAGAGUACACAUUGGGUAAGGAGGGACUAAAGGAGCCACCAUCAAGAAAUGAUCUCGGUAACCCAGGUCUACUCUAUGAUUCUGUUGUGGAUAGUCCAAGCAAUCCAAAAAUAUUUGUCAUUUUCCAAGAUAACCAGUCCUAUCCUGAGUAUCUUAUAACAUUAAACAAACAAUAAAGCAGUUUCAGGAGAUUUUCGUCUCUAAAUACGAAGUAAAAAAGUUCUGCAAUUCUUAUUUUAGUAAUGAUCAAUUUUAUUCUGCACAUUUCUUUCACUAGCUAGAAACAUUUUUGUAAUUUUUCUUAAGUACAACUCUAUGUUAUGCACUCUACAUAAACAUUUGAUAUUUACUGCUGAAUUCAGUAAUGUGACUGUAGCUGAUUUUAUUUUCUUUCUCGGCAACAUGUCGUACAUAUUUAUUCUUUUUAAUCAAAUUUACUGUAAACUAUAUUCACAUGUACAACAAUGUAACAUUAAAUCUUCUGUUGAGAUGAUGA